AUGACCCCCCAACUCCGCACUAGAACCGCGCAAAUCCACCAUAAUGACAAACCCUGCCUCUCCAGCAUAACCUUCCGCAUUCCCCCCGACGCAAGUCACCCUCCCCCCAUCAUCACCCUCAUCACUUACAAACCCCAGGUCCUCACACCGACGACCAAACCAACUUCGCCGCUCCUCAACCUGCCCCCCGAAAUCCUCAUCCAGAUAUUCUCACAAUCCCCCACAUCCGACGCCGUAAUCCUCGCACUGACCUGCAAGACCCUGCUGUCAAUCGCCACCCUGUGCAAUCUCCGGGUUCCAACGCCGCAAAUCCACCGCCAACCAUGGGCUCUCUUCUCAACACCAGGUGAGACAUCCGACUACUACGGCACAUCGUCCUGUUCCUGCAGACACCUCAACUCCAUCCUUUCGCGGUUUCGACCGAGAGAUGCUCAGUCCCGACCGUCUCGGGCAUGGAAUCUCUGCGUUGACUGCGCUUGUUAUCGGCCGACUAGGCAGGCGUACUGGUCGCGCAAGCUGGGGCUCUUGAGUUCGCAGGGCUGGGGUAUGGAUCGUGGAGACGUUUGGCAGGCUUCGGUUAAAUGGUUCGCGGCCGGGGUCAAGGUACAGUGUCCCACUUGUCGGCUGGUCGAGGACACGAUGGUUGAAAUUGCCGACGAACUGGAUCCGAUGUGUACUUGCUAG